GUGCCUGUGUGUGUGUGUGUUUCCUUGAGAACAUUUUUCGGUUGUGAACAAAUUUCGUUUCCCUGUUGAUUGACAUCCGGUUGCACUAAAACGUAGUACAGACAGACUGAAACCUCAUCCGGUUUGCAGACAAAAUAAAGGCUUUAGCGAAAAUGGCGUCGACUAUCUGCUGGCUGGUAACCAUCACCUUGAUUUGGUUGACAAUAACGUCGAUUGCAGCCGAGUUUCUCCGGGAUUGCCACACGACCGAUCCCAAACCCUACAUCUAUUACGGCACAAAGACGCCGUACGAGCUCAUCAAUAACGAGGAUUCUUCGCCCAUCUUUGCCGCUGGUUGCAAGGCGGUCAUGUUCUGGAUGUUGGCUCGUCACGGUACGCAAUACCCAACGUCCCGUGAUGUCUUUCGCAUGAAAGACCGACUGCCAAAACUGCGUAAAACGAUACUGCAAAACCACAAAGAGCGUCGAGGAACGCUUUGCCAACAGGAUAUCGACGGACUCAGCAAUAACGGAAGUAUACGCAUCGAUGACGAUUUCGACGAAAAGCUGACCUCAACUGGACGGGAAGAGCUUUUAGUCCUGGCCCGUCGCUUUCGUGGCCGAUUCGCCGAUUUCUUCAACAGCCAACCGGCUUUCAGCACGCAAGACUAUCACUUCCGACAUAUAGCCAGCCUGCCUUCUCAGUCGAGCGCCCGAUCCUUUUCUCGCGGGAUCUUCACCAACGGAGACGUCCAAUUGACCGAGGCGCCAGUUGGCGACAGACUGGUUCAUUUCUACGAGAAUUGUACCCGCUGGAGGGAACAAGUGGAAGAGAAGGGAAUGUUGGAACACGAGCUGACACUAUUUCGGCAAAGUGUCACCUUCCAGAACACCCUGGCCGAUGUUACCACACGUCUUGGCUUCCAAUACAACAUGUCUUCUGACGACAUGCUCCUGAUUUACGACAUUUGUCGCUACCAAAAAGCCUGGUAUUUGGAGCAAAUUUCACCUUGGUGUGCAGCUUUUACCUCGGAAAAUCUAAAAGUUCUGGAAUACGGCGAGGACUUGGAAACGUAUCACAAACAAGGCUACGGUCACGAACUCAAUUAUCAUCAAGCCUGUCCUUUGGUAGAAGAUUUGGUAACACGAAUCAGAGCGUUCAGAGCUAAUAACGGAACGGAGAAUCAACAAAGAGGCGUGUUCUACUUUACCGAAGGAGAGGGGCUACUUCGUUUCAUGGCUCGCAUGGGAUUAGCCAAAGAUGAGCAACCUUUGACGAGAGAUGGGACGCCUUCGACCGAGCGAAAGUGGCGAACUUCGUUGAUGGGAUCGUUCGCAGCCAACGUGGCCAUCGUCCUGUAUAAUUGUUCAGAUGAUUAUAAAAUCCAGCUGUUUGUCAAGGAAGAGGUCGUCCAUUUGGACCAGUGCCAGAACGCGUUGUGCACAUCUAAAGAGUUUCUCGACUACUUGGGCGCUAUUGCCGACAAUUGCGGACGAGACGACGGAUGUAACCCUAGUGCGGCAGUCAUUCCUUACGCAUCAUUAUUUCAACUAAUGGCCAUCUUCCUUCUUGUCACAAUCCACACUUUUUCGUGGUUUUAAAAUAAUUUUUGAUUACUUAUACAAUUAUAUAACGAUCUUCCAUUGUUUUUGUUCUGAAAAAAGAAUUUCGAAUUUUUUUAAAUAUUCUCGCUUGUUAAUGUUUAAUUGAAAAGCUCUCGAUUCCGCGUUAGUAUAAAUUAACACUGUGAGUCAGAAAAUGUUACGCAUUUAACUGUGUUGGAAAUGUACCGUAUCAAAACAUCGAUCGAUCUUUGGAAAUAUGACUGAGAACAUCAUCAAAAUUUGUAUUUACAAAAAAACAUUACAUUUUGUAAGAAAGAAAUGUAAAGUUUUUUUUAAUACUAGAUAGAUUUCAAUAAAAGGCUAUUUACAUGAAA